GAUCCCCCGUGUAAGAGUGAGGUGGAGGAGGACAUUCCAGUCCAUGUGACCACAGAAAAUCCUGGUACGAAGACUGAAGGAAACGUCAUAUUAUCUCUAGAUUAUAAAGUAGAAGAUCAGGAUAUCAUGCAACGCUCUAUAGGAGAAAACCACGUUACCUGUAAUGCACAUCCAGGACCUCACAGUGCAGAUCCAUCACAUAAUCCUCAUAAUCAUGGGAAACCUCCUGACCAAUCACAGCUUGUUACCACAAGUCCAGAUACAUCACAUAAUUCCCCUAAUCAUGAGGAACUUUAUCCUGACCAAUCACAGAUGCUUAACACAAGUCCAGAUCUAUCAUAUAAUCCUCCUAAUCGUGGGAAACCUUCUCCUGAUAAGUCACAGAUUGUUACCACAAGUACCGGGUGGAAAAGGAGUAAAAGAUUUAAAUGUAUAGAAUGUGGAAAACGGUUCACAUAUUGGUCAGAGCUUUCUGUACACAGAAGAAGUCACACAGGAGAGAAGCCAAAUUCAAGUUCACAAUGUGUGAAAUCAUUUAUUAGUAAUAAAGUUCUUUUAAAUCUUGCAAGAAUUCACAAAGGAAAGAAGUCAUAUUCAUGUUCACAAUGUGGGAAAUUCUUUGUGAAUAAAUCAUCUCUUAUGAGCCAUGAGAAAAGUCACACAAGAGAGAAGCCGUAUUCAUGUUCAGAAUGUAGGAAGUGUUUUAUAAGUAAAUCAAGUCUAGUUAUACAUGAGAGAAGUCACACAGGAGAGAAGCCAUAUUCAUGUUCUGAAUGUGGGAAAUGUUUUACCCAGAAAGCAACUCUUGUUAAACAUAAAAGAAUUCACACAGGAGAGAAGCCAUUUUCAUGUUCAUAUUGUGGGAAGUGCUUUACAAAUCAAUCACAUCUUGCUAGACAUGAGAGAAUCCACACAGGAGGGAGGCCGUAUUCAUGUUCAGAAUGUGUGAAAUGUUUUACCAGGAAAACAAGCCUUGAUCAACAUAUAAGAAUGCACACAGAAGUGAAGCCAUAUUCGUGUUCAGAAUGUGUGAAAUGUUUUACCAGGAAAUCAAGCCUUGAUGAACAUAUAAGAAUUCACACAGGAGAGAAGCCAUAUUCGUGUUCAGAAUGUGGGAAAUGUUUUACCCAGAAAUCAUCCCUUGUUAAACAUAACAUAGUUCACAAAGGAGAAAAGCCAUUUUCAUGUUCACAUUGUGGGAAACUCUUUACAUAUCAGUCAACGCUUACUAGACACGAGACAAUCCACACAAGAGAAAAGCCACAUUCAUGUUCAGAAUGUGGGAAAUGCUUUACACAGAAAUCAGAUUAUCUAAAACAUGAGAGAAUUCAUGCAGGAGAGAAGCCGUAUUCAUGUUCAGAAUGUGGGAAAUGUUUUACCCAGAAAGCAACUCUUGUUAAACAUAAAAGAAUUCACACAGGAGAGAAGCCAUUUUCAUGUUCAUAUUGUGGGAAGUGCUUUACAAAUCAGUCACAUCUUGCUAGACAUGAGAGAAUCCACACAGGAGGGAGGCUGUAUUCAUGUUCAGAAUGUGGGAAAUGUUUUGCAGAUAAAACAUUGCUUUUCAAACAUGAAAGAAGUCACAGAGGAGAGAUAUUUAAGCCAUAUUCAUGUUCAGAAUGUGUGAAAUGUUUUACCAGGAAAUCAAGCCUUGAUCAACAUAUAAGAAUUCACACAGGAGAGAAGCCAUAUUCAUGUUCAGUAUGUGGGAAAUGUUUUUCUCAGGUUGGAACUCUUGUUAAACAUAAAAGAAUUCACACAGGAGAGAAACCAUUUUCAUGUUCAGAUUGUGGGAAACGCUUUGCAAAUCAGUCACAUCUUGCUAGACAUGAGAGAAUUCACACAGGAGGAAAGCUGUAUUCUUGUUCAGAAUGUGGGAAAUGCUUUACACAGAAAUCAGAUCAUCUAAAACAUGAGAGAAUUCAUGCAGGAGAGAAGCCGUAUUCAUGUUCAGAAUGUGGGAAAUGUUUUACCCAGAAAGCAACUCUUGUUAAACAUAAAAGAAUUCACACAGGAGAGAAGCCAUUUUCAUGUUCAGAUUGUGGGAAGUGCUUUACAAAUCAGUCACAUCGUGCUAGACAUGAGAGAAUUCACACAGGAGGAAAGCUGUAUUCAUGUUCCGAAUGUGUGAAAUGUUUUACCAGGAAAUCAAGCCUUGAUCAACAUAUAAGAAUUCACACAGGAGAGAAGCCAUAUUCGUGUUCAGUAUGUGGGAAAUGUUUUUCUUUGGUUGGAAAUCUUGUUAAACAUAAAAGAAUUCACACAGGAGAGAAACCAUUUUCAUGUUCAGAUUGUGGGAAGUGCUUUACAAAUCAGUCACAUCGUGCUAGACAUGAGAGAAUUCACACAGGAGGAAAGCUGUAUUCAUGUUCAGAAUGUGUGAAAUGUUUUAACAGGAAAUCAAACCUUGAUCAACACAUAAGAAUUCACACAGGAGAGAAGCCAUAUUCGUGUUCAGUAUGUGGGAAAUGUUUUUCUCUGGUUGGAAAUCUUGUUAAACAUAAAAGAAUUCACACAGGAGAGAAACCAUUUUCAUGUUCAGAUUGUGGGAAGUGCUUUACAAAUCAGUCACAUCGUGCUAGACAUGAGAGAAUUCACACAGGAGGAAAGCUGUAUUCUUGUUCAGAAUGUGGGAAAUGCUUUACACAGAAAUCAGAUCAUCUAAAACAUGAGAGAAUUCAUGCAGGAGAGAAGCCGUAUUCAUGUUCAGAAUGUGGGAAAUGUUUUACCCAGAAAGCAACUCUUGUUAAACAUAAAAGAAUUCACACAGGAGAGAAGCCAUUUUCAUGUUCAGAUUGUGGGAAGUGCUUUACAAAUCAGUCACAUCGUGCUAGACAUGAGAGAAUCCACACAGGAGGGAGGCCAUAUUAAUGUUCAGAAUGUGGGAAAUGUUUUACCCAGAAAUCAUCUCUUGUUAAACAUAACAUAGUUCACAAAGGAGAGAAGCCAUUUUCAUGUUUAGAUAUCAGUCAGAGCUUACUAGACACGAGAGAAGUCACACAGGAGAAAAGCCACAUUCAUGUUCAGAAUGUGGGAAAUGCUUUACACAGAAAUCGGAUCUUCUAAAACAUGAGAGAAUUCAUGCAGGAGAGAUGCUGUAUUCCUGUUUAAGAUGUGGGAGAAGUUUUGCAUAUAAAACAGAGCUUUUAAAACAUGAGUGAAAUCACAUAGGAUGGAAGCCAUAUUCAUGUUCAGAAUGUGGGACAUGUUUUACCAAGAAAUCAAGCCUUGAUCAACAUAAGAGAAUUCACACAGGAGAGAAACCAUAUUCAUGUUCAGAAUGUGGGAAACACUUUAUACGUAAGUCACAUCUUGCUAAACAUGAAAGAAUUCACACAGGAGGGAGACCGUAUUCAUGUUCAGAAUGUGGAAUGUGUUUUAGAAAGUAAAUCAGAUCUUCUAAAACAUGAGAGAAUUCACACAGGAAAGAAGUUAUAUUCAUGUUCAGAAUGUGCAAAAUGUUUUACCAGAAAAUUAAAUCUUGAUCAACAUAACAGAAUUCACCCAGGAGAGAAGACAUUUUAAUGUUUUAUGUUAAAAUAAUAUUUUACAAUGAAAUAAAAUUUUGUAGAAACCGGAAUUCUGUUGGGAAUGUGUCAAAUAUUAUUAGACAAAAAUAUAAAUAAUAAAAAUUCUGAUAUCCACCUUAGGCUAGUUUCACAGUAACAUUUGGGAGAUCGGGCAGGCUGUUCCAGCAGGGAACAGUCUGCUGCGUCUUUCUGGAUUCAGCAUUGCUGGAGAUCUGGCUGCACCCUGGCAGGUAUGCUGAGAAUCGGCUGUACUAAAACUGCCAUGCAGCAGUAUUUCUCCAGCUGGUUCUCAGCAUAUUCCCAUAGGAAUACGUGGUGGGCCCUCCUUCACUUUGCACUUUGGGACCUGCACCUAUCUGACAGUGGGGGCAUAUCCUAGCGAUAUGUCUCCAAUGUCUGAGGUGAGACAAACCCUUUAAUAUUCUGAUAUCAGAUUUGUGCUCAUUCACAUGUACCCUGAGGGGGCGAGAUGUUUGCCCAAUAUAAGCCUUGACACACAGGCACUUUAACAUGUAAAUGACACUUUGUCUACUGUAAGGGUAGUAACCGUACAUCUGAAUUGUUGUUCCCCUAGACGGGGAUAAUCCGUGUCGUCCUGGAUAAUACUUGUGUGGUUUUGGUUAGAUGAAAAGUCUCAAAAAUUUAGAGAAAAGGUUUCAUAAGACGCUGUCUGGGGGAUUAUCGAGAGGGGAAUUUGAAGUCAGUUCUGUGUCUGCAUUGGCGCUCGGUGCAUCUUUAAACCUGACACUUCUGUGUUGAAUGCUGCUCCAUUUUCCUUACGCCACCCUCUGGAAGAGAUCGGGUGUGUGGUCCCAUCCUAAAGGCCGCACCAUCCUCAAAUAUACAUUUUCUGGAUUCUUAGUGACUUCUCUCAGCAUUGUGGUGCAGCUUCAUCAGGAGGGGAAUUUCUGAAGUCAAUUCUCCUUGGGGUACUUUCACACUUGCGUUGUUGGAUUCUGGCAGCCAGUUCCGUUGCCUGAACUGCCUGCCGGACCCGGAAAUCUGUAUGCAAACGGAUAGCAUUUGUUUCCGGAUGCAGAUCCGUCUGACAAAUGCAUUAAAACACCGGAUCCAUCUCUCCGGUGCCAUCCAGAAAAGCGGAACACUUGGUAUCGGAUCAGCAUUAAUACAUUUUAAUGGAAAUUAAUGCCAGAUCCGGCAAGUGUUCCGGAAUUUUGGCCUGAGAAAAUACU